GGGACUAGCUAGCAGUUGUCGGUUGGAGCCGGCGGUGGAGGUUGAGCUGGCCGUCCUUCCCCGCCGCCGCCCGAAGCCCGGCUGGGAGCGGCUUCCCGAGGCGUCUCGGCCUCCCUAGUGUACAGUGGAGUAUGAGUCUACUUAUGAUUAGUGAGAAUGUGAAAUUGGCUCGUGAAUAUGCGUUGCUGGGAAACUAUGACUCUGCAAUGGUGUAUUAUCAGGGAGUUCUUGACCAAAUGAGCAAGUAUCUAUACUCGGUCAAAGAUACAUACCUCCAGCAGAAAUGGCAACAGGUUUGGCAGGAAAUAAAUGUGGAAGCUAAACAUGUUAAGGAUAUAAUGAAAACGCUCGAGAGCUUUAAACUAGAUAGCACUCCCUUGAAAGCUGCACAGCAUGACCUUCCCGCUUCUGAAGGAGAAGUCUGGUCUUUGCCUGUACCUGUGGAACGAAGACCUUCUCCAGGACCUAGGAAACGUCAGUCUCCCCAGUACAGCGACUCUAAACCACAUGGUAACCGCCCAAGCACAGCCGUCCGAGCUCACCGUCCAUCCGCACAAAACCAUCACAAUGACAGAGGGAAAGCUGUUCGCUGUCGGGAAAAGAAAGAACAGAAUAAAGGACGAGAGGAAAAGAACAAAUCACCUGCUGCAGUUACUGAACCAGAGACAAAUAAAUUUGAUAGCACAGGAUAUGACAAGGACUUAGUAGAAGCUUUGGAAAGAGAUAUAAUUUCUCAGAAUCCCAACGUUCGAUGGGAUGAUAUUGCUGACUUAGUAGAAGCUAAGAAGUUGCUUAAGGAAGCUGUGGUGUUACCGAUGUGGAUGCCAGAAUUCUUUAAGGGCAUUAGGAGGCCAUGGAAAGGAGUGUUGAUGGUUGGUCCACCUGGAACGGGAAAGACCCUCCUUGCUAAAGCAGUGGCUACAGAAUGCAAGACAACAUUCUUCAAUGUCUCCUCAUCAACUCUGACUUCCAAAUACAGAGGGGAGUCUGAGAAGCUUGUUCGUCUUCUGUUUGAAAUGGCUCGAUUUUAUUCGCCAGCCACUAUAUUUAUUGAUGAGAUAGAUUCCAUUUGCAGUCGCCGAGGGACUUCCGAGGAGCAUGAAGCAAGCAGAAGGGUGAAAGCAGAGCUGCUGGUUCAGAUGGAUGGUGUGGGAGGCGCCUCUGAGAACGAUGACCCUUCCAAGAUGGUUAUGGUUCUGGCAGCCACAAAUUUCCCCUGGGACAUAGACGAGGCUUUAAGAAGACGUCUUGAAAAACGAAUCUAUAUUCCUUUACCAUCAGCAAAAGGCAGGGAGGAGUUACUACGAAUAAGUCUGCGUGAGCUGGAAUUGGCUGACGAUGUUAACCUCACAAGUAUAGCUGAAAACAUGGAAGGUUAUUCAGGUGCGGACAUUACCAAUGUGUGCAGGGAUGCAUCCUUGAUGGCAAUGAGAAGGCGUAUUGAAGGCCUGACCCCAGAAGAAAUCAGAAAUCUUUCCAGAGAAGAAAUGCACAUGCCCACAACUAUGGAGGAUUUUGAAAUAGCUUUAAAAAAGGUGUCUAAGUCAGUGUCUGCAGCAGACAUCGAGAGAUACGAGAAGUGGAUAUUUGAGUUUGGAUCAUGCUGACGUCUCACGUGUACGCUGUGAGAAGCCCGCCUUAAGUCUCUGAAAAAUUAAAUGUAGUGUUUCAUUGCACUGAGUGCUAUAUUUUUUUAAACUUUCAUACUGGUAACAUUUACAAAUUUCUUAUGAUUCUGAAUAAAGGCAAUUUUUUAAAGUGGUAAA